ACAAGAAUAAACCUGUUUUCUCGGACCCCAAACAGGAGAAGGGAAAAUAAUAAUAAUCAUCAUCAGGAUAGUCCCAUGUCAAAUAUAGUCGGUGUUGUAUGUUUCUUUGUUCUUUGUUUGAGUGGUGGGGGAAUGAUGGAUGAAUUUGCUGAAGCGAAGAAGAUGGUGGAUGUGGGAGUAAUUGUUGAUCUAAAUUCACUGGUUGGAUCAGUGGCGAACGCAUGCAUUCACAUGGCAAUCUCUGAUUUCUAUGCUGCUCAUCCUAACUUCAGGACCAGAUUGUCUCUGCACCUUCGGCCCUCCGAUGAUGUUCUUGGUGCUGCUUUUACAGCACUAGAGUUGAUUAAUGAGGAGGAAGUUAAUGCCAUCAUCGGACCACAAAGUUCAAUGCAAGCUAGAGUUGUAAUGGAUAUCGGCCAAAAGGCUCAAGUUCCCAUCAUUUCAUAUUCAGCAACAGCUCCCUCACUCUCCACAACCCAGAACCCUUUUUUCGUUCGAACAGCUUUAGACGAUAGCUCGCAAGCUAAAGCCAUCGCCGCCAUCGUUCAUUUAUAUGAAUGGCACGAAGUAGUCCUCCUCUACGAAGACACUGAAUACGGAAGCGGUUUAAUCCCCUACCUAUCAGAAGAGUUUCAACGGUUCGACAUACGGGUGAGUUCGAGGUUUCCCGUCUCCCCAAACUCUGGUAACUUGACCAUCUUAAAGAAGCUCAACAACGUAAUGGCGACGCAGACGAGAGUGAUCGUCGUACAUAUGAUGUCUUCGUUAGGGUCUAAACUAUUUUUUCUUGCAAAAGAAGCAACCAUGAUUAGUGAAGGAUAUGCAUGGAUCAUUACAGAUGGCUAUCAAGUUUGUUGGAUCCCAUGGGAGCCGAUGUCAUUGGCUCCCAUGCAAGGUGUGUUGGGAAUAAGGCCAUACAUACCACAGUCCAAAAGCCUUAAGAAUUUUAAAAGGAAAUGGAAACGUGAGAUUCACUCUAGUUCGACCAAAUUAAACAUUUACGGGUUUUGGGCAUAUGACACUGUUUGGGCACUAGCUAAGUCUGUCGAAAUGGUUCAGCGUGAGAGUUCCGAUAUUAUGAGACGAAGUUACCGGAGAAAGGCAAGUCAGAUUCCUGAAAUAAGAGUUUCUACAAUAGGUCGAUCGAUCCGAAAAGAGUUAGUGAAAACCAAAUUUAAAGGUCUCAGUGGAGAUUUCAGUUUGGUUAGGGGACAGUUGCAGUCUUCAGCUUUUGAAAUCAUCAACGUGGUAGAUAAAAUGGAGAAAGUUUUAGGGUAUUGGACCCUUGAGAAUGGAUUGACAGCAGAAUUAGGCAAACCUGUGAAGGCGACAUAUUCAACCUCCUUAUAUCAUGAACUUAAACCACCUAUCUGGCCGGGAAACAUGAAAGCUAUGCCCCGAGGUUGGACGAUACCGGUUGUAGGUAAGAAACUAAGGAUUGGGAUCCCUGUGAAACCUGGUUUUGAAGGAUAUUUGAAAGUGAAACAAGACCCUUACAGCGAUGAGUUCAUCGUAACAGGGUUCUCGUAUGAUGUAUUCAAGGAGGCAUUAGCGCUUUUACCUUUUGCAGUCCCCCUUGAGCCUAUUCGUUUCCCCAUUGGUAACAACACAAGUUCAGGAACAUAUGACGAGCUUCUUUACGAAGUCAAACUUCAGAAAUUCGAUGCUGCAGUGGGAGAUAUAACAAUUCUGGCAAAUCGAUCUCGAUAUGUAGAUUUUACAUUGCCUUACUUGCAAUCACAUGUGUCCAUGGUUGUGAAAAUCAAAAUGAUGGGAGAAAGAACAUGUGGAUAUUCUUAAA